AUGUUACAGAUGUUUGAUGACCAGGACCUCGGAUUCUUUGCCAAUUUUCUCGGCAUUUUCAUCUUCAUACUGGUCAUUGCUUACCAUUUCGUGGUGACCGACCCAAAAUUUGAAUGAGAUUUUUGUAUUUUGGUUUCUUACCACAAAAUAAUUAUUAUGUGCUGGAAUCAGACAUGUCUUUAGCAUUCCAUAUAGUCGACAUGUUUCGCCAGUAAUGUAUCUUUGACAAUGUGUUUUUUUUAUGAAUAGAUAAAAGAAUUUUCAUCA